UGUCACAGAGUACUUUCAAACUUUGAAGUUUGAAUAAAUUGAAUAUGAUAGUACCAUGACCAAUAUACAUCAUUAAUUCAAAUUAUUUAUUCGUGUUUUUUAAUUAUUCACUUCGACCUUUGGCCUAGAUUAUUCUUUUAACUAAAAUGAGUGAUAACAGAUUAAGUGCAUGGUAAUAAGUGACAAAUGCAUAACGCCAAAGUAACCACAAAAUCAUAAAUUAUUUUUCCUGGAUCAGACGCCAAAAACAAGGAUAAUAAUCGGUUCGCGUUUGCUUGUAAAAUUUGUUACACCAUAAUACUAAUAAUAAAAUAAUUUGAUAAACGUUUUCUUCUACCAGUCGUAAUAAAAGUGAACCUGAAUCGGAAAGAUCAACACCUUUAAUAGAGAAAGAUAUAUAAAAGUUGUGAAGUGAAUAUGGAAAAGAAAUUAUCACUCAAGGAACUUAUGACCGCUUAUCGAAGAUGGGUUAUUAAUAAUCCAUCUUUGGUGACAGACGUAGAAACAGUGGCGACGUGGUCCUCCUAUUUUAUUGCUGGUAAGAUUAAUAAAUCACCUAUCGUUUCGGAACUUGUAUAUGCAUUAUCGAAACUACUUUCCUUAUUCAAUGACAAGAUUAUUACCGAUGCCUAUGGCAACAAUGCUUCCCAAUUCAGUUUACAAGAACAGAUAAAAUUAUGGCUUACAAUUGUCCAUUAUUGUGAAGUUUUUGUUGAACUCGUUGUAAAAUACAAGUGUGGUUCUCGUGGGAAGUGGACAGCAGCAAUAAUAAUACAAAUGUUUAAGUGUUCAUCUGCAUUGGUAUUGCUCUUUAGAUUUAAGGAUAUACCUAUACAACAUCCACCAAUACCAGCAUUACAACGAAAGAAAUUUACCGAAACAGUAGAAUCUGAAGAAAAUAGAGAUGCUUUCUUUACCUUAAAAAGGUCAGGUAGACUUGUCCGUAGGGUGGAAGGUGCUCCACCUAUAAGUCUUCGUGAUUGGCAACCUAUAAAAGUAGAAGAUAACAGCAUACCGUCUGCUAUUGAAAUACGAGAUUUAAAACAUGCAGAGUUAAUACAUAUAUUUAAACCAAUAGUACAUCUUGCUGCAAUGAAACUAUUUGGAAAUAAAUCCUGGAAGCAGUGGCUGAUUGCUUUGGGAUUAGAUGUUGCUAGUUUUCAACUGUACAAUAAGCACAUUGAUGAAAUAAGCUAUGAGCAAAGGUUAGAAAUAAGUAGAAGAAAGUUAAGUCUGGUUUUGUAUUUAUUGAGAAGUCCUAUGUAUAAUAGUUACUCCAAAAGACUUAUUGAAAAUUUCCUUGAAUCAACUUCUAACAGAAUACCAGCAAUGUCUUUUAUUUGUCAACCCAUAAUACAGUAUUUAAAUCAUUGGCAAGAUAUAUACUUUUAUAUGUGGGCUAUGUGAUGAAUUUAUUAAUUCAUCAAAUAUUAUUUCAUUUAUAGUGUAUGUAUUGGUUUCAAUUAAUUGUGUAUGAUUAUUAAAGAUUACUUUUUAAAAUGA